AUGGACGAACUUGAUGAGAAGCACCAAGAGCCAUCAUCGGAAGCGACACAUCGCGCGAGCAAGUCCGACGUCUUCAUCCAGAAACUGCUGGAGACAAAGGCAUGCCUCGAAGCAAAGGGUUUCACGCUGUUGGAUGACGCGCGUCCCCCUCUGGAUCAACAGAGUGAGAGAGAUGCCCAGGAACUGUGGCGAGUCUGCCAGCGGACCAACCAGGAUUGCAAAUACAAAGUCGAGCGAGUGGGCGGGAGCGACGACACGAUCAAGGUCCAUUCGUCGGCCUAUGACGCCUCCAUCACGACGCGUCUUGCACUCCAGGGUAUUGUGAGUCCCAUCAAGAAUGCAUUCCCCUGCGAUGGCGGAAGAGCCCAUCUCAUCAUUCAGAGGCUACUCGAUGGCAACUUCACUGAGGUGGUCAUCAAGGAGCUAUCCGCCGCUGGUUCCUCGCCAACGCAGGGCGAAUUGGCUCGCUUUGACAACUACGCCAAACAGCUCUACUCGCUCCUGUGGGGCGUACUUGUGGACAACUGCCUCAACCUCGAUCAUCUGCUUCUGCCCAGCGAUCUUCUCUACUCCAGGGUGGGCAAUGCGCCCGCCAGAUACCUGCGUCUGGAUACCCACGCCAACCGACCCAGCGAGUUGCCGCACGAGAUCACGCUCGCGUGGAAGAAACAGAGGAUCGCUGAACACAUCAACAGCUUCAUCAAUUCGUGCGUGUCAAAAUUCUCCGAUUUCCAAGAGGCCGCGUCAAAGUUGGACGGUGCAGUUACCGCGAUCAGGAAGACGGCCUUGCUCUUCGAAGAAAGACAUUCGGCCGAUCAGUACACUUCAGUGAGGUUCAGUGGCCUGUACCUGUUCCUUCUGGUGUCCCAGCAGCCUGUCGAUGAACCCUCCUAG